AUGGCAGACGACACCGAAGCGAUUACUGCCCGCCUCUCCACCCUCGGUUUCGCGGACAAAACCAUCAAAGACGCUAUUAAGAAUCAAAAACACCUUAUCUCGCUACUUUCUGUUAUCGAUGAAGCAUCCAGUACCAGCGAUGAUGUAGCCGGCGAACUACCCCGCGACCAACUCGUACACCUUAAUGCGCUCGCCGUGGCUAGCAAGGAUACCCCCCUUCCAAACCGAUCCUACAUAACUGCUGCGAUUAGGGACGGCCGGCUAAAAUCCUCGGUCCAAAUCGAAGCUGCUAUCAAAUAUGCCAAAGAAACACCGGGCGAGAUCAACCCAGAUGGAUUUAAUAAAGCUGCUGGUGUUGGCAUCGAGUUUACGAAAGACCAGGUUGUGGAGCGUGUCAAGGAAUAUAUCUUGGAGAAGAAGGAAGAGAUUGAAGAGCAGAGGUAUAAGUUGCUUGGAAGUACUAUUGCAAAUGUUAAGGCUACGACGGACUUGAAGUGGGCGAAUGCGUUGGAAGUUAAGCAGGCUGUUGAUGCGGAGUUUUUGAGUCUGCUGGGUCCAAAGGAUGAGAGGGACGUUAUCAAGAAGGGUAAAGGCGAUGCGAAGCCCGCAAAGGAGAAGGUCGAGAAGAAAAAGCAGACAGUGGAUACACCGGCCGAACCAGACCCGCUCAAUUCUACCAGCAUGUUCGAAGAAGGCUUCCUCGGCGCCCUUCACAAACCCGGUGGGAACCCACAGAUCAAACCCACCCUCCGCGACGAGCACCUCAAAGCCACUGGUGGAAAAGUAUUCACCCGAUUCCCACCCGAACCUAAUGGAUAUCUCCACAUCGGACAUAGCAAGGCCAUUGCUGUUAACUUUGGAUAUGCGAGGUAUAACGAUGGAUGCUGCUAUCUACGAUACGACGAUACAAACCCCGAGGCUGAAGAGGAGAAGUACUUUACUUCUAUUAAAGAAAUUGUGGAAUGGCUUGGGUUCAAGCCAUACAAAAUUACCUAUUCAAGUGAUCAUUUCCAGAGACUCUAUGAUUUGGCUGAGGAUUUGAUCAAGAGGGAUAAAGGAUAUGUUUGCCAUUGUACUGCGGAUGAGAUUCACAAACAGAGAGGUGGAAAAGAAGGAGAAGCAGGCGAACGAUACGAGUGUGUGCACAGAAAUAGACCGAUCGAAGAGUCUCUCGCGGAGUUCAGAAAUAUGAGAGAUGGAAAGUAUAAGCCCAAGGAGGCUCUACUGCGAAUGAAGCAGGAUAUGAAGAGCGGAAACCCACAAAUGUGGGAUUUGACAGCGUACAGAGUUUUGGACGCCGAACACCACCGAACUGGGGCAGAUUGGAAGAUCUACCCAACAUAUGACUUUACACAUUGUCUUUGCGAUAGCUUCGAAAAUAUUACGCAUUCGUUGUGCACUACGGAGUUCAUCACAGCUAGGGAAUCUUACGACUGGCUGUGUGAUGCUUUGGAGAUCUAUAAGCCACGUCAGAGCGAGUACGGACGACUUAACUUGACAGGGACGAUCAUGUCGAAGCGAAAGAUCGCGAAGUUGGUUAAUGAAGGACAUGUACGAGAUUGGGACGACCCGAGAUUGUAUACGCUCGUUGCGAUCCGAAGACGUGGUGUUCCACCAGGGGCUAUCCUGUCGUUCGUGAACGAAUUGGGAGUUACAACGGCUACGACAUAUAUCAUGACGACAAGAUUUGAGCAGUCGGUCCGAAGGUACUUGGAACAGACUGUCCCCCGAUUGUCAUUAAUCCUGGACCCAAUUCUCGUUGUGCUGGAGAAUCUCCCAGAGGAUCACUACGAAGAGAUUUCUGUGCCAUUCAAGCCGAAUGACCCAAAAAUGGGCGAACAUAAAGUUGCCUUUACGAAUAAGUUCUACAUCGACAGGAGCGAUUUUAGAGAAGUUGAUUCAAAAGAUUACUUCCGUAUGGCGCCUGGGAAGAGUGUGGGAUUGCUCCGAGUUCCGCAUACGGUUAAAGUCACCGGGUUUGUGAAGGACGAGGAAACAGGGAAAGUUAAGGAGAUUAGGGCGAAAUAUGAAAAUGAUGUGGAAUUCAAGAAGCCAAAGACUUAUCUUCAGUGGAUUGGGCACGCACCUGAGAAGGGCUCACCUGUAAAGGUCGAGGCUAGGUUGUUCAACCAGUUAUUCCUCAGCGAGAACCCAGAGAGCAACCCGAACGGGUUCUUGGCGGAUAUUAACCCAAAUAGCGAGGAGAUUUACGGGGAUGCGAUUAUUGAUACCGGGUUCCACGAAGUACGAAGGAGGGCACCUUGGCCGGCGGCUGAAGGAGAAAGGAACGGAGAGGAUGUUGGGUUGGAGACGGUUAGGUUCCAGGGAUUGAGAGUUGGGUAUUUUGCUAUGGAUCGGGAGUCAACUGAUGAGAAGAUUGUGCUGAAUAGAAUUGUGACAUUGAAGGAGGAUGGAGGGAAGAAUUAA